AAUAUGGAAAGUUUUGGAGACGAUGUUUAACUUUAAAAAAUACUCCUUAUUGCGACAUUAGUCUUUCAGUUUAUUAUGACUCUAUAUUUGAGAUCUUUAAACCAUUAAAUUAGUAAGUAGUUUAGGCUGAUGCAAAAUAUGAUAACCCCUAUAGAAUAACCUCCUUCAAAUGGAAAAAAUACAGUUAAUUAAAUGAAUAAUAAUCAAAAAUCCGCUUAGAAUCCUCAAAAUUAACCUAAUUUUAAAGAUUCUCCUAGUCCUAAUUAACCACAGGAUGGGGAAAAGCUGGUGGGUUUAAUUUAAUAAAUUGGUCCACUCCAAAAGGAUAUAAACACACUAGAUAGUUAAUUUUAGAAAGAAAAAGAGUAACAGAAAAGCCUAAUAGAAUAAUAACUUAAAAUAGCUGAAUAAAAAAUGGAAGAAAAAUUCAAGAAAGAAAUAAGUUCAGAAAUUAAAAAAAUGGUUGAUGAAUUUCAAUAAAAAAUAGAAAAACUAUCUGCAGAUUUCUAAAAUGAUAUAAAUUAAAAAAAUGAUAAAUUCUAAGAACUAAAUGCUGAAAUAUAGGAACUGAAAUAACAAAAUGAUAAUACAAUUUAAAAAGAAAUAAAAUAACUAAAUGAUUAAAUAUAGAAACUGAAAUAACAAAAUGAUGAUAAAGUUUAAAAAGAAAUAUAAUAACCAAAUGCUGAAUAAUAGGAACUGAUAUAACAAAAUGAUGAUAAAAUUUAAAAAGAAAUAAAAUAACUAAAUGCUUAAAUAUAGGAACUGAAAUAACAAAAUGAUGAUACAAUUUAAAAAGAAAUAAAAUAACUAAAUGAUUAAAUAUAGAAACUGAAAUAACAAAAUGAUGAUAAAAUUUAAUAAGAAAUAUAAUAACUAAAUGCUUAAUAAUAGGAACUGAUAUAACAAAAUGAUGAUAAAAUUUAAGAAAUGAAAUAACUAAAUGCUUAAAUAUAGGAAUUGAAAUAACAAAAUGUUAAAAUUUAAGAUGAAAUAAAAUAACUAAAUGGCUAAUUUUAAAAAGAAUAACUAAAUGGAUAAAUAUUGGAAUUGUAAUAACAAAAUGUUAAAAUUUAAGAGGAAAUACAAGUUAAAAUAGAAUAACUUAAUGGUUAAUUAUAAUUGGAUAUAAAUGGUAAACUCUAGGGAAUCAAAUAACAAAUUAUUACUCAAUAUAAUUAGGAUUUAGAAAUUCUGAAAUAAAGACAAUAUGAAGAAUAUUUAGACCUAAGAAAUCAAAUAUAAAAUUUAGGAAAUCUCUAAGAAAAAAUAGAACAAUUAAAAAAUGACAAUUAAGUAAUUAAGGAAGAUUUGAAGAAUUUGAAGAAAAAAAUUCUUCCAUCUCCAUCUCCAUCUCCUCCUCCAAUUCCAUAAGAUGUUACAAUAAUACCUUCCCUGUAUAAUAAAACUUGCAGGGCUAGAUCUGUGGAGGCUUAGUAUAGAGAUUUUGUCAGUGACAUUUUAAACUAAAAAGAUUUGAUUUUAGAUUAUGGUAUGAAUAAACUUGAAAUUAAAACUUAAUUAAAGAAAUAUCUAAAUGGUAUGAGGAGAGCAAGGGGAGAUGGUAACUGCUUUUAUACAUCUUUUGUGUUUUAGUAUUUAGAUUUCAUGAUCAAUAAGACAAAAACUGAUUAAUUUGAAUAAUUAUUUUAACAGAUAUCAAUGCUACCAUUUGAAAUAUAUUAUUAAAAUGAAUUGUUUAACCAAACUGAUUUUGAUAUUUUGAGAUAGAAAUUUGUUGCAAUUUGUAAAAAACUAAGAUCAGUAAAUGAAUUAGAGAGAUAAAAUUUAUUUUUUUAAUAUUUCAAAGAUGAAGAAAAUGAAUUUUAUGGUUUAUCAAUUGUAUUCCUAAGAAAUUUGGCUUUCAAAUUUUGUUUGGAGGAUUCAGAAGUUAGUGGAACCUUUUAAACCUUAGGCUUGAUUUUAAAGGAUUAAUUAUUAGAAUGGGAAUUCGAUUGCUAAAAUAAUGAAGUUGUAAUAAAUUUGCUGAGUCUAAAAUUAAACAUGUAAAUAUUAUGCUAUAUAUUAGUCAAACGAUCCUUUUUUAGAUUGAAAACUAAAACUUAAAAAUUUUAUAAUAUAAUGAGUGUUCUAACCCAAUGCUUAAAAUCUACUUACUGUUUCGACCUGGACAUUAUAACAUUGGAGUUCCAAUAGUCUAAUAGCAAUAGGAAUGA